AUGUAUUACCUUCCAAAGAGAAAAAUCUACAAGGUGCUAAGAUCCAUCUUCCGUCGAGUAGUAGUGCCCAUUCUCACCGCCAUCCUGGUCGUCUUAAUCCUCUACUGCUGUUAUCUAACGCUGACCAACCACCAGCUAGGAAAUCCACUACGAAGCUUUCAAUCAUUGCAUUCCGUUCUUGGUGAAGAUGGUUUUUACUUGCACGACAGGCGCGAUUUCAUGACAAGAUAUCGCCUUGAUUCUGUCGCGAAUGGCUCCACAGUUUUCAGGGAGAUCCUGCUGUACGGGGGCAUCAAUAACAUGGAGGAUUUUCCGGAGUUAAGCGACAUUCUCAGUCUGUUUAGCACGGGGAUACCAGGGUCUUACAGACAUCGAGCGACGGUGUUCUGCCCAAAUCAACAGACCGUUGUGGGUCUCACGGUGUCGACUGAGAUCGAGGAAUUCAGGACAAAAGAUGCAGUGGUAUUUGGCAUGAUGCCAAAAAUGCUGGCGGGGAAUUUGGGAAUUCUUGUGAACCUUGACGCGCCGAUGGGUCAAACCUGGGUCUAUUUUAGUACGGAGUCCCCAUUCAGAGCCCUAAGGUGGGUCAAAGAUUUGAGAUUCUCCCAACUUAGAUACCACAAGCUGAUGACGUACAACUCCAACUCUGAUAUUCCGUGUCCGUUUGGGUACACCAUAACCAACAAGACAUCUGGUGCUAAGAGGAAAUUUCUCGCAAAGCGAAACUUCGCGAAGGGAAAGAGUAAACUGAUAGCAUGGAUGGCCAGCAAUUGCGAAGAGAUAUUCUGGCCGAGGAACGAGUUUGUGGAGCGAGUCCGAGAGCUGGUGCGAGUGGAUACUUACGGGCGUUGUGGGGCAAAAGACUGUCUGCCGCGUGGCUCUGAACAAUGCAAACAGCUCCUGGGAGAGUACAAGUUCUACCUCACUUUGGCUAACACCGAGUGCCGAGACUACAUCACGGAAAAGUUCUGGGACACAUCUCUUAAAUACGGGAUUGUGCCGGUCGUGGGCGGUGCACCGAGGCAGGAUUUCGAGCGAGUCGCCCCACCACAUUCCUUCAUUCACAUCGCCGACUUCCAGUCGAUCAAAGAACUUGUGGACUUCUUGUUGCUGCUGGAUACAAACGACGCAAUGUACAAUAAGUACUUCGAGUGGAAGCAGACGACAGGCGUCCAGACUCAGUUCCCGCCAAAACCGGAACUAUUUUGCGAAAUUCUUCCGCACCUGAAUGACGGAUUCAAUAAAGUAGUUCGGCCUCUGAGAGUAUUGGGAGACUCCACUUGGUUCAAAUCGUGCAGAAAUAAAGUGAACAUUUCUUCAGCUGUUCGCGUUCGUGCCAGAGUCAUAGACAAUAACUUUGACAAGUGGACGCCUUGGCGAUUAUAGAAAAGUCAGAUUUUAAUUAUCUUGCACUAUUUCUGGUCCAACACUAAUUUUAAUUGUUCAGAAAUGAUACAAUGUGACACUCUCUAUUUAUGACAAGUCAGGGGGAAAACAUUUUGUUUUUCAAAGUUACUUGCUUUUUUCGUUAAUUGUAUACAAUUAUAUAUAUUAUUUACAUAUUUUGAUUCAAUAUUGUUACGUACACAGACACAGACUUUGUGCCAAUAAUGACCGCAAUGCUUAAUCCAACGGGGGCUUUCCUUGUCAGAAUAAAAGUUACAAUUUUUUUUAGAAUUUGACAAGAAAAUGCAACCAACUCCAUUGUGCGCUCUCACUGAGGGCAAGACGUUGUUUUGAUACAAUACAAAGUGUCUACUUAUGCGCAUCGUAGAGGAACAAAGGUCUGCCCCUCAGGUGUGACGUCAGAUGGAAGGGGUCCAUUGGUUAUUACUAUAAGGUGUAAUCUCACUUCUUAGAAUUUCGUUAAUAACCAAUUAUUAUAAAAUAACAGAAAAGCACUAACUGUUCACGUUGUAUGAGUAAUUUAGCAUUAAUGUCACAUAUUCCUGGAAACUCUGAUCAACCAUA